UUAGGGCCCUACGAAGUUGAAGUGAGCUGUGGCGGUGAAGCUGCCGUAAACGCGAAAAAAAGCAGCUGCAAGAAGAAUCCGGGUCAUAUAAACUUCAUUCCAUUUGAACAAUUCAGCAUUAGUGACCUGCCUGACCGUUACAAGGAAGCAGACGACAUGUACGACACCAUUAAAGCCUUGGCGUCCAUCACUGUAUUAAUCAACGGGGCAUUUAUCAGUCAGGACAGGCCCGAAAAACUCAGUGAUGGAACACUAUAUCCGCUUUUUAACAAAGCCGGUACAGCCGCUGUACUAAACGGGACGGGUAAGUUAACCCACACAAAGGUAUACACGGAAGAAGAUGACAAGGCGUGUCCGUGUCAAGACUGUAAAUUAGCGGAAACGCCCGUGAAGAAAUGGGGGACGAUUGCCGUGUUUACCGCCAAGCAUGUGAUAUUUGACGACAGCGAGGCAGCGGCGGCAACUUUUGAGAUGACGUACGAGCACGCAAGAGAAACAAAAAAACACAUUCUGAAAGGUGUCUGUCUUGAAGACUGCGACCUUGAUUUGGACUGGUGUAGGGUGACAUGCGUCGAACACGACACAGAGUUUGUCAAGUUCGUGGACAAGACAUUGAUUUGUGGUUAUGAAAACAGGCAUAACGACAUUGUAAAGAAAUACUUGCAUUCGGAGCCGCGAGGAAAAGGUCAGAUGGUAGUGAUCGUCUCCCACCCCCAUGGGUGUGACAAGCUAAUCAGCGUCGGGGAAUGUGUCGAAAGGGAGGAAGUUAUGUGUGUGUUCACUCAUCUAUCAACGAAGUACAAGUACACGACAGCCACAUGUCCUGGCUCGAGUGGAGCACCGGUUUAUGUGGUCAAGCCGUGGUUCUCUAACCACACACACAGCGGG